AUGCGUCUUGCCAUCUUCUUCACCAUCUUCCUUCUUAUACCCACAAACCUGAAACCUCUAGUUUUCAGGACGCCCUUGAGUGACUCCCGCCCCGAGAGACGGCGGUGUCCAAAACAGAAGAAAGUGAUCGUUACUGACUCUUCCUCGACAUCGGCAAGCUCAGCAAGCAAGGACGACAUGCGCAGCAAGGAAAUGCCGAUUGAGAAGAAAGUCGUCGCUUCCAAGCGUACCUCAAGGCUGACGGACAAGGAAACCGACGACGGAGAUGAAACUCUAGUCAAUACGAACCGCAAGAUGAGGGCAGCCAUGAACAGAACGAGGAGGAGACCAGCGAUCAAGAAGAAGACGGUAGCAACAACGCACAGAAUGAAAGCUGUGGCAUUGGCCCAGGCCCCAGAUCUUCCGUCGGUUCAUGGCGAUCGUGACAUCAAGCCAGAGACAUCGCCGAUUCAUAACAUGCCCAUGGAGAGGAAAACUCGACCUAUUCCUAUCACACAACGUCUAGAUGACCCAGAGCCGAGUCUCGAAGACGCCUUCGACGCGAUCUACUUUGUCGAGGAUAUGGCCAACACUGUGAGGGAAAUCGUCAAUCGGGUCGAUCAGAAGUACCGUCGCCAUGCUCGGUCCUUCUUCGACAAGAGAUUCGGGAAACAAAUCUGGAAGGACUGA